AUGGCCUGCACUCUUUCCCAGCUAACAACACCGAAUGACGGCUUUCGGCAUUCGGCAGUGGAGUUUCAAAAAAUGGCAGCACGUUUCCCUCUGGCGAACCUGUUUUUCACAGUCGUCAUUAACGUAACGGCGCUGUCAAAUGCCGAACGAGGGGCGUGUCUGAACAAUGUAUUUGCCUACGUGUCCGCCUCCCUCCACACCGAGCGCCAAAAGAGACCCGUGAAACGGCCAACGGCUGUGAUUCGUGGGCGGCCCUCCGCCGGAACUCAAUUCAUUCAUAGUUUGGGUUUGGUCGACGGAGUCUGCCUGUUGCUGAACGAGGUGGUUAACGGCACGCCGAGGCGCGAUAUGGUUUUUACGUUGCGCUGGAAGUAA